AUGGGUACUGACAAUAACGUUUCCAUCAGCGGUGGAACAGACAAAACAAAAUACUAUGUAUCCGGUUCUUAUUUCUACAACCAGGGUAUCGUGAAAAACACUGACUACCGUCGUUUCAGUUUCAGGGCAAAUGUUGACCAGACAUUAAACCGCUGGCUCAGCGUGAACAUCGGGUUGAAUUACAUCAAUAGUGCUUCCAAUGAAAAACCUGAUGGUAACUCAUUCUUCUCACCAAUGAAUUCACUUACCAUCAUCGGUAACUUCCACGACAUACAAUCGCGUGACGCAUUGGGAAAUAUCAAAGCCAUUGGUGAAAGAGGUCGUGUAAACCCUGUUUCCAUCAUCGAAGAUUUUAAACAACGUAGUGAAACCAACCGUAUCAUCAGUAAUCUCGGUUUAAAGCUAAGACCCAUCAAAGGACUGACCAUCGACUACACAAUGGGUAUCGACAACUAUGGUCAGAAUGGUACUACUUAUAUGCCGCCGUUCGCCUACAACGUAAGUACUGCCUUUUUCGGUGGAGCUGCUACACUUGAUCCAACACUCAAUGGAUACGCCAGUACAGAUAUUGGUUCAACCACACAGGUUGGUUAUUCAUUGCAGUAUGAAAAGAACCGUUAUGCCUUGUUGCAAGGAAGAGGUCUCAGCCCAUUCGUACAAACAGUAAACGGAGCGAGUACCGUAUUGGCUGCUGUAGAUGACAGGAAUGAACUCUCAGUCUCAGGGGCGUGCUGUACGGCUGGAUGGAUCUUCUGUAUUUGGAGAAGAUGA